AAAUGACUGAGCAGCUCCAACCCAUCUCAGAUUGGUUAAGUGGACGGUGCGCGCGGAGCGGCGCGUGAGGACAGCAACCGUGCUGACAGCGGAUGUUUUCACAGCUAAACAUGAACGAAUUGUCUCGGUCUGGUCGUUGUUUUCAACCCUUUUUGCCUCGGACCUUCAACUUAAACCUCAAUUAAAGUGUCGUUGUGUGGUGGCGGUGCUCCGCUCAUCCCGGGACCGGACUUAAGCCACCUCCAGCGGACGGAAUAACUGUUCUCCCUCACCUCGAGAAGUCCCGCGAGGACCCGAAAGACCUUGUGAAGUUUUUAUUUCGCUGAUUUAUUUAUUUUUUUUCGUCGAAAACUCUGUCCGUCCUUUCUCCAAGGCGAUCGGCUCCUUCAAAUAAUGGACCGAGUAUGCUGACAUUUGGACUACCUUGAUUCGGUUUUAAUCGGGUUUUGUCGAUAUCUCAGACUGAAAUGCAGCCCUGUAUCAUUUUCCUCGGCUUGUUCCUCACCGCAGCUCGAUCCCAAGAUAUCUAUCCCUUAAAGCCAUCAUCCUCUAUCAGCGAGUCCUGUGACUCCCUGUGCUCCUGCGAGGCGAAAGAUGGCAUCCUUCAUCUCAACUGUGAGCAGAGGAACAUCAGCAAAAUCUCCCAAAUCGAAAUCCCGUCAGGUGUCCCCUUUCAUCUGAACCUUUACAAGAACGACUUGGUUGAGCUGCGUGCCGAGGAAAUGGAGGGGCUUAAGGGCGCCCUUUCGCUGCACAUUGGGGGUAAUAGCAUACAAGAGCUGGAACCGGGGGUCUUUAGCACCCUUGGUUCAUUGAAAAAGCUCCACAUAAAUAGUAACUUUCUUGUAACACUGAAAGAGGACACUUUCCAAGGCCUGGUGAAUUUAGAGUUUCUCCAGGCUGACACCAAUUUCAUUCGGGUCAUCGAGCCUGGGGCCUUCAACAAACUGAUCCGCCUCAAAGUCCUGAUCCUCAACGACAAUUCCAUCGAGUUUUUACCCGACAACAUCUUCCGCUUCGUGCCCCUCACACACCUGGACCUGAGAGGCAACAAGCUCAAGAGCCUACGAUAUGUGGGGUUUUUGGAGCACAUAGGACGAAUAAUGGAGCUUCUCCUGGAGGACAACAACUGGACGUGUGACUGUGAAAUCCUUCAUUUGAAAAUUUGGAUGGAGAACAUGAGGGCGCAGUCUGUCAUCGGGGAUGUGGUCUGCAGCUCACCUCAGCACCUCAAAGGAACCAUUCUGGCCAAAGUAAAGCGGGACGUUCUGUGUCCGUCACAUACAGAAAUCAACCUGGGGGAUUCUUACAAGUCCCUGGACAUGGUCGUUACUCAAAUUCCCAAAUUGACCAACAGUGACGCAGGGGUGUCAACACCAUCUCACCACCCCAGCAGUCCUUGUACGGAGCACUGUUCCUGUCACAACCACCCUGUGGCGGGGUUUCUGAUGCACUGUCAGGACCGGGGAAUCCAGAAGGUGUCCGAUAUCGGAAUACUCCAACAAAGUCCCACUAAACUGGUCAUGACAGGAAAUAUGAUUCAGAAACUCUUGAAAUAUGACUUUGUCACGUACGACAGCUUGGAGCUGCUCAACUUGGCCAACAACAGAAUUGACUACAUCGACAACGAGACGUUCCUGAGCCUGAGCAGUUUAAAAAAGCUAUAUCUGAAUGGAAACCGAAUCGAGAAGCUGUUCUCCACCAUGUUCAUGGGACUUCACAACCUAGAAUACCUGUACCUGGAAUAUAACAUUAUCAAAGAAAUUUCCCCAGGCACGUUGAACCCCCUGCCAAACCUGAAGCUGUUGUCAUUAAAUAACAACCUGCUGAGCUCUCUCCCAGCUCAGAUAUUCCGCAACGUGCCCCUCUCCAAAUUAAACCUGGGAAAAAACCUGCUCAUGCACCUGCCGGUGAGCAACGUGCUGGAUCAGCUUGACUCACUGGAGCAGAUUUAUUUAGAGGACAACCCCUGGGACUGCAGCUGUGAUUUGCUCAGCCUCAAACAAUGGGUGGAGAAGCUGAGGAAGGAUACAGUGUUGGGACGCAUUUUGUGUCACACUCCAAAGAAAGUUAUGCAGCUCGAGUUGAGAAGUCUUCAUCAUGAGACGCUUUGUCCCGGUUUAGGGACCUACCAUCCUGUGCCUUCGGCUGGUGCGGAUCCCACACGAGAACCCGGCGGGGGUGGUAUUCUCCCCCUAAUCACUGAAAAGAUCCCGCUCUCUGUGCUCAUACUGAGCCUCCUCAUCAUCAUGCUCAUGAUUAUAUUCUGCUCUGCCGGAUUGGUGGUGUUCGUGGUGCACCGGCGGCGACGCAGGGCAAAGAAGAAAGCAGCUGAGGAACCGCCACGGGAGAACAACAGCAGUUCCCCCAUCCACCUCCAUUACAGCAUGUAUGGGCAGAAGACAACUCACCACACCGUGUCGCAGAGAACCGGCUCCGCCACCCUCUACGACGAUAGGUCCCACAGCCCCAUCGUGCAGAUCUGCCGCAACCCCACCUACUGCGCCCAACACAAGGGGCACAACGCCAACCUGGAUUACAGCCUGGAGGACACCAGCACCAAGCAUCACCUCUGCCGAAGCCUGAUGGAGAAGGAGAACACCUCCCCCCUCACGGGGAGCUCAAAGUUCAGAGUUGAAGACUGCUCCGCUGAGUUUGUCACUCUUGGGACGCCCAGCUCCCUGUACCGGAACAUUCUGGAGAGGGAAAAGGACCUGCAGCAGCAGCUCGGAAUUACAGAGUACUUCAGGAAAAACCUGCCCCAGCUCCAGUCUGCCGUGGACAUGCAGGUCCCCGGGCACCAGGAGGAGCUCAAGCUCAUGGAGACAAUAAUGUACACAAGACCUCGCAAGGUCAUGGUAGAGCAAACUAAGAAUGAGUACUUUGAGCUGAAAGCGAACCUCCACACUGAACCGGACUACUUGGAGGUUCUGGAACACCAAACUGCAUUUAAGUGAAGCAGGAAAGACAUUCAUCAUGUUCAAGUGCCUUGUUGAGUUGCCCCUCUUGUACUUUCCACAGUGUGAAUUGUAUAAAUAUAUAAAUAGAUCUAUCAUGGGCACACCUUUUAAAUCGUAGCACAGAAUGUUACUUUUCUUGUAGCCGGUGAAAGGUGUCAUCAUUCUAGCCAAACGCAGGUCAAAGGAAGCCGUCUGUGGAGGAGGAUCGGGUCGAAACCCACUGUGAAAUCCACUCAAUCAGCUUUUUACAUGUGAUUAAAUUUUCAUGGUGUUACGGCAACCAAGCGAAUUGAUCCACCCCUCCCCUCCACCCUCUCCCGACUCACUCGCAGGAUAAAGCAGAUGUUCGGAGAGAAUUGAGUGAAUUUCAAUCGGAGCUUGACCCAGAAUUGUGCUUAAUCAGUCGAUCCUGAUUCCGGCCCUGACCUGAUUACACCCCCCGUCAACCCCGGGAGCGGCUUCGGCUCCGGAGCCAGGAUGCUCGUCGUGCCGUAGAGUCAGCAAACUGUACAUGGGAGUGUGGUUCCUGACGGAUGAUUGAUCCAACACAUUGCAGAGCUGCAGUCAGAGGAUUUUAUUUUUAUACAAGCUGCUUAUAUUCACAUGAAAGAUGUAUCUUCUCUUUUGUUUCAGUCAGAAAGCCGAGCACUUGGAGUGCAACAUAUAUACGACAUUGCACUACGGAGAUGCCAUAAGAUGGUGCAUGACAAUCAACAGAGUCCUGCUGAAAUGUUCUUAUUUUUGCUUGAAGGAAUGAGCCACUGUAUGGUUUAGUCUAAGUUUGUGUCCGUUAUUUUUAUGUCAGAAUUCGGAUUCAGGAACACGACCCCAACGAUCCCCGCCCCCCCAAAAGCUCCGGUUUUCUACCAUCUGAAACCGAACGACGCCUCUCUGCUUUAAAAGCAUCAGACGGCUGAAAACCGACAUCGUUCAUGUAGAGUUCAUGUAAGCACACACACACCCUGUAGCUUUUCUACUUAAAAGAGUGAAUUAUUUAUUCUGUAUAUUUUGUAUAUAUUAUAUAUUUGGGUUUUGUGUGCCUUCAGUGCUGUACAGAAUCUAAAACAGAAGUUGUAACUGAAACAGGAAAUAAAGAGUUGCAAUACGA